AUGGUAUCGCCUGCAGAAGGCCGCUUAUCAACGGUGGAGGAGAACGUGGUGACGGAUCCUGUUGAGCAGCAGCCUACUACUUCACGUUGGAAGCGGUUAUUUGGAGGAAAAUCGACAGAAGAUCCCGAGUCUGGCGAGGAUCGGAACUAUCGCGCAAAAUCAACGUUGGGGAUUCUCAGUGACAAACAGACAGACGAAGUCCCUGGAACGGUCCUUCUCCUAUCAUCGAAUCGCAAUGAACCUUUGGGCAUGAGACAUCAGCCGCACCGGACCUCAGCAUCCUCUAUUUCGUCUUACAAUCGCUCACGAUCUACCUCUCGAUCCCGGUCCGUGGUGGCAAAGAAGAGGACACCCGAUGGACAAUUUGUACUCGAUCCGCAGCCAGAUGACUCUGUGAAUGACCCUUUGAACUGGCCUGUAUGGCAGAGAGAUGCCGCGCUGCUCUCCCUCGGCUUCUACUGCUUGAUGGGGGGCGGUAUGACACCAAUCUUGGCGGCUGGAUUCAAUGAGGUUGCAGAUGAGUACAAUGUUAGUACACAGCAAGUGGCCUUCACUACCGGGUUCUACAUGUUGGGCCUGGGUCUGGGAUCAGUCGUGAUGUCACCCACUGCGAUUCUCUAUGGGAAACGACCUGUCUAUCUCCUGGGAGCAUCCCUGUUCAUCAUCUCAGCAAUCUGGUGUGCUGCCUCACCGAAUUAUCCCAGUCUCGUCGUCGCUCGCAUUUUCCAAGGCUUCGCAGUGAGCCCCGUUGAGUGUCUUCCAUCUGCUACCAUUGCCGAGAUUUACUUCUUGCACGAGAGAGCCUACCGAGUUGGCAUUUACACGCUACUACUACUGGGUGGAAAGAACCUUAUCCCUCUAGUGAGUGCUGCCAUCAUUGGAGGUUUGACCUGGCGCUGGGUAUUCUGGAUCGUCGCGAUUAUCGUAGGCGCAUGUCUGGUAUUACUGUUCUUCUUUGUGCCCGAAACAUUUUGGGACCGAACCCCUCGCCCUCGCCAGCAUAAGCACAAACGUCCACGUCUCCCAGGCCGCAGUGUUUCUGACCUCGUCCAUCACGGAUUUCGUGGGAGACGCCCGCACGUUCAACUCCCGGAAGAACCUGCUGAGCCUAUGGAUCACUCAGAAUUGAACUUGUCACCAAGAAGGUCCAAGCAUGCGCAUGUUGGAUUUGCAGAUGAUCAAAUGGAAGGUGGAAGCCGUGGAGUGGACAUAGAAAAGACCGACUUCGCAGCCGGUGCCGAAAAUACCACCGCUGGUGAUCAAAUCAUAUCCGAAAACUCUACUCCGGCCACUGAGAAGGGUAACGAUUCCCUGCAAGUGCCACCUCAUGCUUUUGUACCUGGGGCAAAUCCGGAUGACUUGGAAGCAUCUCGUCCGGCCGUCUCGCCUGCAAGGUCCGAGUCACAAGAGCCCGCUGGGCCACCUUUAACCGCAACCCUACAAUACACCAACCGACUCCGUGAGCGCCCGAAGAUCCCAUUCUCUCAGCUCCUCAGGGUAUGGAAUGGAAGAAUCGCACAAGACAGUUGGUACCGAGUCGCUGCACGACCCUUCGUCCUGUUCGCUUAUCCAUCGGUGCUCUGGUCAACAGUGGUCUACGCACUGUCCGUCGGCUGGUUGAUCGUGAUAUCGGAGUCCAUUGCACAUCUCUACCAAGGCAAAACACACUACAACUUCACCCCACUUCAGACUGGCCUGGUAUACAUCUCGCCCUUUGUCGGCGGUCUCUUGGGAACUGCAGUGGCCGGCAAGGUAUCCGACAUCAUCACGCAAUAUCUCACCAAACGCAAUGGCGGUAUUUACGAGCCCGAGUUCCGUCUUGUGAUGGCAAUCCCUAUCGCUUUGUCCACUGUCAUUGGGUUGAUGGCAUUUGGUUGGAGUGCUGAGAUCAAGGACAACUGGAUUGUGCCUACUAUUUUCUUUGGUCUAAUCUCCUUUGGCUGCUGCUUGGGCAGUACCACUGCCAUUACCUUUUGCGUGGACAGCUAUCGCCAAUACGCUGGUGAAGCGCUUGUCACAUUGAACUUUAGCAAGAAUAUCCUCCACGGCCUAAUAUUCUCCCUUUUCAUCGUGGACUGGCUGGACGCCGAGGGUUCCCGUGAUGUUUUCCUCGUCAUCGGUGGUAUCCAGCUGUUCUUCAUGCUCCUGACGAUUCCAAUGUACAUCUAUGGCAAACGAGCUCGCAUGUGGACAGUGCGCAAGCAGCUCAUGGAACGUUUCUGA